AUGAUUCCCACACAAGCGUUGGGUUAUUUUGCUGGAACACAGCUGGCAUUUCGGAUCCUGAAGCCAUGGUGGGAUGUUUUCACUGACUACAUUUCCAAUAUCAUGCUGAUCAUAGCAGUGUUCGUGAUCACGGUGCAGGUGGCCGAGGACAAGAUAAUCUGCCUGCCAUGCAAGUGGGUGACAGAUGGAUGCCAUGAGCCACGAAACACCCACACCACCGUCCCUCAGCCUGAGCCACGUGGCAUCCAGUAUGAGCUGGACCGAUACCAGUAUAACCAGGUAGACACCGCGUGCUAUGUGCACAAACUGCACUGGUUUGCCAAAUACUUCCCAUACCUGGUGAUGCUGCACACGCUGGUAUUACGAGUAUGCAGCAACUUCUGGUUCAAAUUCCCUCACACCAGCUCUAAGCUCGGGCACUUUGUCUCCAUUCUGCUCAAAUGCUUUGACUCGCCAUGGACCACACGUGCCUUAUCUGAAACCGUUGCCGAAGAAAGCGAUGCCAAGCCGUCAGGCAAAAAUGGUGAUCUGAAUGACGCUAAUGACACGAAGAAGGCGUUGGGUGUGAGUGAUCAGGAUGUGGAGGCCAGCAUGCCCAUGCUGCAGCACAACAAAUCACGCAUCAAGCAAGGUAUCGUCGAUCACUCAGAAACCAGAAUGCUGGACAAGAAAGAGGGAGAGCAGGCCAAGGCACUUUUUGAGAAGGUAAAGAAUUUUCGCAUUUAUGUGGAGGAGAGUGACAUUGUCUACUGCCUCUACAUCCGCCAGACCAUCAUCAAAGUCAUCAAGUUCAUUCUGAUCAUUAGCUACAUAGUGUACAAUAUGCAGUUUAUGACGUUAGAGGUUAAGUGCAAAGUAGACAUCGAGUGGCUCACACGCUACCAAAUGUAUUACUGUGUCCACCCCCUGUCCAUGCUCUUCAAGAUCCUGGCCUGGUUCUACAUCUCUCUGGUCAUCAUCUAUGGCCUGAUCUGCAUGUACGCACUGUGCUGGAUGCUGGGUCGCUCGCUGAAGCACUACUCAUUCAAGUCGAUCCGCAUGGAGAGCAGCUACAGUGACAUCCCUGAUGGCAAGAACGACUUUGCCUUCAUGCUACACAUGAUCGACCAAUAUGACCCGCUGUACUCGAAGCGCUUCGCUGUCUUUCUGUCUGAGGUGAGUGAGAACAAGCUGCGCCAGCUCACCCUUAACAACGAGUGGACGCUGGAGAAGCUUCGUCAGAGGAUCACCAAGAAUUCACAAGACAAGCUGGAGCUUCAUCUGUUCAUGCUUAGUGACAUUCCACACACAGUUUUCAACCUGCUUGAGCUUGAGGUGCUGAAAUUGGAGCUGAUCCCAGACGUCACUAUUCCACCCAUCAUUGCCCAACUGGCUGGGCUGAGGGAGCUGUGGCUGUACCAUACACCAGCCAAGAUCGAGGCUCCUGCUCUAGCCUUUCUACGUGAGAACCUCAAAUCACUGCACAUCAAGUUCACAGACAUUAAGGAGAUUCCGCUGUGGCUCUACAGCCUGAAGAACCUGAGCAAGCUCCAUCUCACUGGCAACCUGAGUUUCGACAAUAACCGUUAUAUUGUGAUCGAUGGCUUGCGGGAGCUCAAAAGGCUUAAGGUGCUAUGGUUGAAAAGCAAUCUCACCAAGCUGCCUCAGGUGCUGACAGAUGUGGGCUUGUAUUUACAAACGCUCUCCAUCAAUAAUGAGGGCACCAAGUUGAUGGUGCUUAACAGCCUGAAAAAGAUGGUGAACCUGACCGAGCUGGAGCUGGUGCAUUGUGACCUGGAGCGCAUCCCCCAUUCCAUUUUCAGCCUCCACAACCUACAGAAGAUUGACCUGAAGGACAACAAUCUAAAGACAAUCGAGGAGAUCAUCAGCUUCCAGCACCUGCACCAGCUGGUGUGUCUGAAGCUCUGGUACAAUCAGAUCGCCUACAUCCCUAUCCAGAUUGGCACACUCACCAACCUCGAGCGCCUCUACCUGAACCGCAACAAAAUCGACAGGAUUCCCAGCCAGCUGUUCUUCUGCCGCAAGCUGCGCUUCCUUGACCUGAGCCACAACAAGCUGAGCAGUAUCCACCCGGAUAUCGGACUGCUGCAGAACCUGCAGUACAUUUCUGUUACUGCAAACAGAAUCAAGACCUUACCACUUAAUCUGUUCCAGUGCAAGAAGCUUCGGACGCUGAACCUGGGGAAAAACUGCCUGACUGCACUGCCAUCGUGUAUCGGACAGCUCAUGUUUUUGACACAGCUGGAGCUGUGCAGUAAUUGGCUAGAAGGUCUGCCGGUGGAGCUGGGCGAGUGCCGCAUGCUGAAACGCUCAGGCCUGGUGGUGGAGGAAGAGCUCUUCAGAACACUUCCUCCUGAAGUGAAGGAGCAGUUAUGGAGAGCUGAGAAGGAGGAAGCCUGA